UGAGGUCAGUGUUUAACGGCUGUACAAGAAUAUAUUAAAAUUAUAAAAGAUUAUAAUUAAGACUUAAAUUUUUCUGUCAUAUAAAUCUCCGCCAUUGACGCAAGCGUCAAAUUUAAAUCACUUAAGUAUUAUGCCAGUACAGGUAUUUACAAAAUUGGAAUUAAAAGUAAUAUACGAUCACAAAUUGUUUGGGGUAAAAAAAAAGUAAAACAAUGGAAUUUAUAGCAUCACCGAAUCCUCAUUUUAUACCGGGAUACACUGGAUUUUGUCCCCAAUACAAAUACCGCAUCGGGGAUACUUUCGGGAGCACAACACACAAAGUACUGCUGGAUCCAACAGUUCAUCAUGCAGAAAAACUGGUGUUAUCUGAUAGAAUUGCCGACGAUUUUAAGACCGUUAGACCAGCUCGUCAAGAUAUCGACGCGGUUAAUGAAAGACAAGGAGAUACGAUUUAUAAACAUCCAAUGGUCCCCGGCUAUGAAGGUUUCGUUCCCAGGGAACACGGCCAAUUUGGACAAAGAUACGCCUUGCAGGCAACAGAAGCUCUCGCUGAUUUUGAACGACUUCAGAACACCAAACGAAAAGCAUUAAACCAAAUUCUGAAAGUAGGGUACUUACAUAAUAACAAAUGGGAUCCAAAAACGUUGGAAGACAAAGAACUAGCCCAAAGUGAUUUUAAGUUACCCCUGCUAGAAGUGCGUCCCGAAUGUGGAGGACUAUUGAGGCAUGUUCCAGUAACAGAGCCUCCUAUAACACCACCGAGAUAUUCACACAGUCCAUACUUUUCUGAUAAUAUUGAUCCAGAAAAAUAUUUAAAAUCCGGAUUCACCGGCCACAUACCGUUCGGAUAUGCGGCCUUCGGUAAAACCCAUCAGGCGAUGACUAAUAGCGCCCUCUGCGACUUUACAUCCAACUACAGAAAGAGACUAAGCAACGAAUGGGCCCCGGUCGAGAUAAACAGGCCCGAUCCCCCAGUUUUAAUUCAACCCAUGGAAAUCUACCAUAGACACGUAGGGCAGCUGCCCAACUAUAGUGGACACAUACCAGGAGCAAUAUUUAGAUAUGGCAAAACUUACGGAAGUGACUCGCGUGAUGCAAAAAGAUGGUUAAGAGGCGACUUUCGUACCUGACAAUAUGCCUAAUAUCGAUAUAUGUAACCAAAUCACUGAAACACCAUAAUAAAAUAUAUAUUA